CUUAAUUUCCAUACCAACUAACAAGCCAGCUCGUCUUAAACCUCUCUUGCUUCCCUUCGAAGCAAAUUAAACAGCUCGUCUUCAUGGCGAAAAGCUUUAUCGUGUUCAUGUAUAUGAUUUCCCUACUGCUUCACCUUCCUACUGGUGCUUCUCCGGCUACGCCACGAUGCCACGAGGAUGAGAGGUCUGCUUUGCUGGAUCUCAAGCGAAGCUUGAAAGAAGGCCCCGAGUAUUGCUACUUCCAAAUCCUCUUGCGGGGCAAUUACAGGAAGCUCGAAUCGUGGAAGCUAGAGGAGGGUCAAGAGGGCCGUAACUGCUGUUCCUGGAGCGGGGUCCAGUGUGACGAGCGCACUGGCCAUGUGAGCGGCCUCGACCUCAGCAACGCCUGUCUUUAUGGCUCCAUCAACUCCAGUAGCAGCCUUUUCCGUCUUGUUCACUUGGAGAAUCUUAAACUUACAUUCAAUAACUUCAGUUUCUCUUCCAUACCGCCUGAAAUCGGCCAUCUCUCGAGGCUCACCGUACUGAAAUUGGCUGGAAAUGUGCUAACCGGUGAAAUCCCAUCUUCCUUUGGUAACCUUACUCGACUCUUAUCUUUAGAUCUAAGUGUCAACCAGUUGACAGGCCAAAUCCCAUCUUUCCUGGGGAACAUCCAUCAACUCUCCGAGUUAGAUCUAGCUGACAACAAGUUGACAGGCCAAGUCCCAUCUUCUUUCCAGAACUUGACUCAAUUAUCUCGUUUAAACUUGAACCAAAAUCAAUUGACAGGCCAAAUCCCAUCUUUCUUCAGGACUCUUACCAGACUCUCUGAUUUAGAUCUGGGUGACAACCGAUUGACUGGCCAAAUCCCAUCAUUCUUAGGGAACCUCAGCCAACUCUCUGCAUUGGAUCUCAGCUUCAAUCAAUUCACUGACCAGAUCCCAUCUUCCAUUGGGAACCUCACUCGAAUCUCUACUUUAGAUCUUAAACACAAUCAAUUGAUAGGCCAAAUCCCGGAUUCUAUCAUGAACCUCCAGAAGCUGAGGUAUCUGUAUUUGAGCUCCAACAAUUUAACAGGUCUUCUUCCAUCUCAACUUGGAAGCCUCAUCCACCUUGAGUAUCUUGACCUGUCUUCGAACAGAUUCCAUGGCCCAAUCCCAAGCUCAAUUUCUCAUCUCAGUAAUCUCACAAACCUUGACCUUUACUCGAACAACCUGAAUGGGAACCUGCAAUUUGGCAUGUUUUACAGGCUUAAAAGGCUCCAAUCUCUAAUCCUAUCACUCAAUGAGUUCUCCUUGCUCCCUGAGCCCAAUACAAAUGAAAGUCUUCCAAUGUUGAUGUCUUUAGGUUUGGCAUCGUGCAACUUAAGCGAGUUCCCUGACUUUCUACGGCGACAAAAUAAUCUAACAUUCCUGGACCUUUCCUACAAUAACAUAUCUGGGCAGAUACCCAAGUGGUUCUCGAUCUUUGUAUAUAUGAUGUUCUUGAACCUUUCUGGUAACUCUCUGACCGGGUUCCCACAACAGUCGGUGUUUCCGGAUUGGAAGCAGCUCUUAGGUCUUGACCUCAGGUCCAACCAGUUGCAGGGACCUUUUCCAGUAGUUCCUCUGGCAACCACGCAGUUCUACUUCUUCUCCGAGAAUAGACUCUCUGGAACAAUAUCGUCAAUGAUAUGCAACACGAGCAAUCUGCGGGUUCUGGAUCUGGCAAAGAACAACUUGAGUGGUGUGAUCCCGCAAUGCUUGAGCAAUUUGAGCAGCACUUUGACCAUGUUAAGUCUACACGACAACAACUUCAAAGGAGGCAUCCCUGAGUUUCAGAGUAGCACUUGUAGCUUGAGGAUGAUAGAUUUAAGUAGCAACCAAUUGGAAGGUCCGCUGCCGAGGUCACUAGCAAACUGCAGAGAGCUAGCGCUUCUCAAUAUCGGGAAUAAUAUGAUUGAGGAUACUUUUCCUUCUUGGAUGGGCUCGCUUGCAAAUCUGAGGAUAUUGAUUUUGAGGUCUAACAGAUUGUACGGGCCGAUAAUGGAGCCUCAGAGUGACUCUGUGUUCCCCAUGUUGCAGAUUAUUGACCUUUCCCAUAACGCAUUUGAAGGUUUUUUGCCUUCAAAGUACUUCCAGUGCUGGAAAGCAAUGAGAGCUUUGAACAUUAGCGGACUAAGCUAUCUUGGGGAAUCUAUGACAAUUCCUCUCACUUGGUUGCAAGGUUUAAUUAUAGAAGAUUAUGACUACUCAAUGACAAUAAUAAACAAAGGCAUGGUGCUGAAUUAUGAUAAGAUCUUGGAGUACCUUAUGGUGAUUGAUCUUUCAAGCAACAACUUUACUGGAGAGAUUCCGAAAUCUAUCGGAAGCUUAGAGGGACUCCAUCUGCUCAAUCUAUCUCACAAUCUACUCAUAGGCCACAUCCCUCCUGCCCUGAAUGGUCUGACCAAUUUGGAAGCUCUCGACCUUUCUCAUAACAACUUCAGCGGAGAGAUCCCCCAGCAACUAACGGAGCUGACUUCCCUCACAGUCUUCGAUGUAUCUUACAACCGACUUUCAGGGUCCAUUCCUCGUGUGAAGCAAUUCAAUACAUUUGACAACAGCUCUUACAAAGGGAAUGCUGGACUAUGUGGAGAGCCUUUGUCAAAGAAAUGCGCAGGCCCUGAUAAUGUGGCCCCACCAGCACCUGCAGCUGGAGAUGAUCAUGAAGGCUCGAAUACUUUACUUGAUAAUUUUGACUGGAAGAUCAUUCUGAUGGGGUUUGCAAGUGGACUAGUCAUUGGUGUGGUUCUAGGACAAGGCAUUAACAUUGGAGGAGACAACUUGUUUGUGAGAAAGUUUGGCCGGAGAUAUCGAAGAAGACGUGCAUAGAUCAUAAAAGGAUGAGUGUAGAGGAGAAUCAUGAUUCUCGGCAGGACCUACGGAGCUGGUAUUGCUCUACUGCUAUAUUUUGAAGCUCGAUUUCGAGGAUUCUUAUGAGAUUAAUGUUGUAGCUGGAGAGGAACUUCACAUCUGUCUGUUCUAUUCUGCUCCUUCGCAUGUUUUCCCCUCCCUGUUGUAUUAUAGUAUAUUAUCAUGCAAGCGCCUGGAACCUUUCAAUGGAAUUGUCAGCCACUUA